AUGGCCUCCGUCGAUGAUUCUAAGCAGUCUGUCUCGCGACCGCAGAUGACUAGCUCGAUGCGGAGCAGCUCCUACCUAAGUGAUCACCAGCAAACCCGUUCUACCCGACAACCUGACGCUCAUCAUGGUAUUGAUACCGUGGUUGAAGACUUUUCUCCUUCCAAGGCGCCGUCGCCAAAGCACUUCCGUGGUGUACCCUCCGAGGAUGCUCCUCCCACGAUUGUCGAUAGCGGGGUAAACUACAGCUUCUCGCACCCGAAUUGUACCCCGUCCAAGGGCGCAAGCGCCGAUAGACUCGUCGCGACGCUCAUCUACAAGUCGAAACCUAAGGGAGCGAUCAGCCCUGUUCCCAAGUCACCCAUCAAGGGUUCCGCAUCCGAGAGCAAUGAGACCCUCCCCCCCAACAUGGCCCCGACCACCAACAUGGAUGCCUUCCCUCUCGAGCCGCCUACUCAGGAAUCAGAGCAGCUCGAUCACAUCUAUGGCUCCUACAUCUCGCCCCUCUGCAUUACUUCCUUCCUCCAUCUCAUGUCGACGUUUCCUAUGCCGCCUGAGGCUGACGAGCCUCACUCGUCCCACAGGUGCCUUGAUAACCAGGAGAACCCAAGGGUUGUCGAGCUGUCCUUCUCUCCAGCACCGCUGUCGUCAUACCUCUCCCUUAAUGACCUGCGCAAACACGAAAUGAUCUAUCGAUUCGAACAGGAGUGGAACGUAGAUGUUAACCUCCAGCGCGAGUCAGUGUGGCGGAGACACCCCCGCCUCGUCGUUUUCGACAUGGACAGCACCCUCAUCACCCAGGAGGUCAUUGAUCUUUUGGCGGAGACGAUCAAGGACCCGCCGAACCUUGCAGAGCGCGUGGCCGAGAUCACGCACCGGGCCAUGCUGGGCGAGCUCGAAUUCGACGCUUCGUUCCGCGAGCGUGUCCGCCUCCUCAAGGGUCUGCCUGCCACCAUCUUCGAGGACCUGCGCCCCGUCCUGGAUGUGACUAAUGGCGUCAAGGAACUGGUUAAGGCACUCAAGCGGUUGGGUGUCAAGAUUGCCGUGCUCUCCGGUGGCUUCUUGCCCCUGACCAGCUGGCUGGCUGGCGAGCUGGGACUUGACUAUGCGCACGCAAACGAGGUCGUCAUUGAGGAUGGGAAGCUCACAGGUGAGGCGAAGGGCUUGAUCGUGGGCAAGGAGCGCAAGCGGGAUCUGCUUGUCGAGAUUGCGGCCAAGGAGAACAUUGACCUUUCGCAGGUCAUUGCUGUCGGCGACGGAGCGAAUGACCUGCUCAUGCUGGAAAAGGCCGGGCUUGGUGUGGCCUGGAACGCAAAGCCGAGGGUGCAGAUGGAGGCGGAUGCCAGGCUCAACGGAGACAGCCUGCUGGAUUUGCUGUAUCUGUUUGGUUUCACGGUGGAGGAGAUAGAGUCCCUCACGGCAUAG